CUUUUAGCCAGACUUUAUUUAUAUUGGUUUUAUUAUCUUACACUACUAGAUCUAACAGUGAAUUACUAUAUUAUAUACAUUUCAUUUGAUUAUUAAUGUUGCUUUUCCAUUAGAUCAAUUAAUAAGUGAACUGUAUGACUUUGUUUGAGACUAAGCGUGAAAACGAAAUGAUUUCCUACGACUUAGAAUUUGAUUUUAAAAUGCAUGUUAAACUUGCAUCGAAUGUGAAGAACUCCAAGGAAAUAUCCGAACGAUUAAAAAGUGGUAAUUUGAACUGUGCGUUAAUAAGACCCCAUCUAGUUUUAGACCCCUUUCAGAUCGCCGUUGCUGCAAACAAAGCCGUUUACAAUAUGAAGAUGUCUAAUCUUGUGACCAAAAACAUCAACAGUGAGAUAAUCUUCAACUUGGGCAUUACGAGGAACAUUAGUGCUUCAUUCAAAGAUUUCGGAAUAAGAAUUGAUGAUGAUAAUUUUCUGGUUGUCAUAAUUGGUGAUGAACAGACUGCCGAAGACAUUUGGCGGCUAAUUGAAUGUUCCUAUGCCUUUCCAUCAUCCAUCAAACUGAGAGACUAUAAUGAUGAAAAUGCAAUAUCCAAAUAUUAUAAAAUUUCGGAAAAUGAAUUGAAUGCUUCAGAUUUACUAAGUUCAGUAGUUUCAAGAAUAGCUAUAAAAGGAAUUUGAGCUGAUUAAACAUAAUUUCAUAAAUUUGCAA